CUCACCUUGACAACAUGCGGCUUCUCAGAGGACUCGUGAUGGCCGUGGUUUUGAGCCUGGUGCUGGCUACAGCCCAGGGCCUGAGAUGCCACCGCUGCAAAGGCUUUGGAGGGUGUUCCCAGCCAUUCAGCUGUCCAAGAGGCUCCACCCACUGCGUCAUCAUUGCCACACGGACCCCUAUCAGCUUUACAGACCUGCCUUUGGUCACCAAGAUGUGCGACAAGGGCUGCCCUGAAGUCUCCAGCUUGGGCUUGGGUCCCCACGUGUCUGUCGCCUGCUGCCAGUUCAGCCUCUGCAACCGUGACUGAGUACCUCCCCCGAUGCUGCCGGCCUGACCAAUCUCUCCCCCAGCCAGACCUGCCCUGAGGUCCCUCUCAGCCAGGCCAGUCUUCUUCACUCCAAACCUUGUCUUCCCUGAGAAGUCCUUCUGGAUUCUCGCCUAAAUCUAUGUCAAUAUAGGCUGGAAGCCUUCCCUAUGUGACACUUCCCACACCUGACAACCCCCCCCCAAUAAAACGUCACCAUAUCAAAUGG